UGGUAUAACAUGCCUACGUAUAUACGAUAGUAUUUUAAUUUAUACUUGACUUGGUAGGUUAGAGCAGGGCUCCCUAUCCAAUUUUUAACCGCCUGAAAAUUAAAAUAAGCAAGAUGAAUAUUAUUAUAACUGGAGCGGCAGGAUUCCUCGGGUCUCGGCUAGCUGAUCUUCUCCUAGAAAAGUCAGAAGUACCAGUAAAUAGACUUCUUCUCGUGGACACCAUCGCUCCGACGAAACCAAAGGAUCCCCGAGUUUCCUGCCUGGCCAUCGAUCUCACAGCAAAUGACGCAGCAGAGAGGAUCAUCCAGCCGGGCUGCAACCUCGUAUUCCAUCUGGCGGCCGUAGUCAGCGGUCACGCCGAAGCCGACUUUGACUAUGGCAUGCAAGUCAACUUCGAAGCGACUCGGGCUCUACUCGAGAGGAUCCGGCACACCGACCCGAGUAUCAAGUUCGUUUUAACGAGCACGGUCGGCGUUUUCGGCGGGGAACUUCCACCAGUGAUAGACGACUUCACGGCAACCACUCCGCAGAACUCGUAUGGCACGGCCAAAGCCAUGAGUGAGCUGCUCAUCAACGACUACUCUCGUCGCGGCUACGUGGACGGGCGUAUAGUGCGGCUGCCAACAGUGAGCGUGCGGGCUGGAGCAGCGAACCAGGCAGUGACGUCAUUCGCUAGUGGCAUCAUCAGGGAACCUCUCAAAGGAGAGAUGUGCGAGGUUCCCGUCAGCAGAGACCAGGGUCUAUGGCUGACGAGCCCGGAGACAGUGUUACGUAAUAUCGUCCACGGUGCAGUCGUUCCCACGGAAGCGUUAGGACAGUGGCGGGCCAUCAACCUGCCUGGCUUCACUGUGACAGUCCAAGAGAUGAUUGACGCUCUGGCCAAAGUUGCCGGCAAAAAAGCGACCGAUUUAAUCGUUUUCAAGCCUGAUGAAAAGUGUUCACGCAUUGUAGCCUCUUUGCCGAUCAAGUUUGAUAAUAAGCGCGCACUAACCUUGGGAUUCGAAGUCGAUAAAGAUUUUGUUGAAGUCAUCAAGUCGUAUAUUCGAAGCAAACAGUAAUUGUUUAGUUUUAGUAUGCAAAUUAAAAAAAUGAACAUUAUAAAAA